GAUAUAAGCACUUCAAGAUACCUCAUUGAUAAACCAGACCGGUUUUAUGGCCGUGAUAACGAAAACCCUACAUUAUGGUUGCAAAGUAUGGACGUAUAUAUCACCAUUACAAAGCUGAAGGAUAUGGAAGCUGUGUUAGUAGCCUCAACAUAUAUGAAGGAAGACGCGUCCCGAUGGUGGCAAGUAGCGAAAAGUAAAAUCAAAGACUGGGAAUCCUUUAAACUGGAAUUUAGAAAGUACUACAUGUCAACAGUUAUUCAAGACGACUGGUGGAACCAAUUGGAACGAAUUAAGCAAGGG